GUUCCGCAGCUUGGUGCAGUGGGAGUUUCGCUAUGCUUGAAGUAGGUGGUGGAACAGCUCUACGUUGGCAUGAUUCGGCCCUUCAUUAAGAAAGGUGAAUAGAAGAGGAGGAGGCAAUGACUUCUGUGUUUCGGAAGGCCAGGGGCCAGAAAUCAUUGACAUUCAAGGAUGUGGCUGUUGACUUCACCCAGGAGGAGUGGAAGCAGCUGAACCCUGCCCAGAGGGACCUGUACAGGGAUGUGAUGCUGGAGAACUAUAGGAACCUGGCUUUACUUGGCCUCCUUGUUUUUCAACCAGAUGUGAUCCAUCAUUUGGAGAAUGGCGAAGUACCAUGGACGCCAGAGGGAGAGGGCUCAAAAAGCUCUUGUUCAGAUUCUUUCAUUCAGGAGAUGUGUAAAACGGAGUCAGUUCCAAAACAAGGCAUUUCUAUGGGAGAGCCAUCUAAGGAAGGACUUGCAAAGGAUAAUCCUAGGGAUUGCAAGUUGACAGGAGACUGGGAAUGUGAUAUCAGGUUACAAAGGCAGAAGGGAAACAAGGAGAGAAGAUCCAGAAAACUCACCACCAAUCAUGGUGGUAAUAGACUUGAGAGAAAUUUCAGUCUGAGUUUAAACCUUCCACAACAGAGAAUUUCAAAAGGAAAAAGCAUUUGUAAACAUGGUGUCUAUGCCAAGAACUCCAAGCAGUUUUCCAGUCUCCUUAAAUGUUAUAAAAUCUCCUCAAAUAAGAGCUAUUGUAGAUAUAAUACAUGCAAGAAGUCCUUCAGUUUCCACUCAGACCUUGGUCAGUAUCAUCGACCAGUCACUGGAGAAAAACCACAUGGGAAAUUUUUCAGGAAAACCUCACUUUGGAGGUAUGACAACAUCCUUUCUCAAGAGAAACCCUUUGUAUGCAGUGAUUGUGGAAAGGCCUUUAUAGAAAAAGGAAGACUUACAGAACAUAAGAAAAUUCACAUAGGAGAGAAGCCCUUUGAAUGCAAUGAGUGUGGGAAGACCUUCUGCUACCCAUCAAAACUUACUCUCCAUAAGAGGAUUCAUACUGGAGAGAAACCUUUUAAAUGUAAUGAGUGUGGGAAAGCCUUUAUAGACAAAGGAAGACUUACUGGACAUAAGAAAAUCCACACAGGAGAGAAACCCUUUGAAUGUAAUGAGUGUGGGAAGGCUUUCUGUUACCGAUCAAGUCUUAUCGGACACAAGAGAAUUCACACUGGAGAGAAACCCUUUGAAUGUAGUGAGUGUGGAAAAGCCUUCUGCUACCCAUCAAGUCUUACUCUCCAUAAGAGAAUUCACACUAGAGAGAAACUUUUUGAAUGUAAUGAGUGUGGGAAAGCUUUCUGCUACCCAUCAAAGCUUAUUUUCCAUAAGAGAAUUCAUACUGGAGAAAAACCCUUUGAAUGUAAUGAGUGUGGGAAAGCCUUUAUAGACAAAGGAAGACUUACUAAACAUAAGAAAAUUCACAUAGGAGAAAAACCCUUUGAAUGUAACGAGUGUGGGAAGGCUUUCUCCUACCCAUCAAAACUUACUCUCCAUAUGAGAAUUCACACUGGAGAGAAACCUUUUGAAUGUAAUGAGUGUGGGAAGGCCUUCAAUUGCAAAGCAAGUCUUACUAAACACAAGUUAAUUCAUACUGGAGAGAAGCCCUUUAAAUGUAAGGAGUGUGGAAGAAACUUCAGGCAAAGCUCAGCACUUAGAAAGCAUCGGAAACUUCACACUGGAGUCACCCUACAUAAGAUGUUUCAUACUGGAGAGAAGCCCUUUGAAUGUAAUGAGUGUGAGAAGGCCUUCAAACACAAAGCAAAUCUUGUUGAACACAAGUUAAUUCAUACUGGAGAGAAGCCCUUUGAAUGUAGUGAAUGUGGGAGAGGCUUCCGGCGACGUUCAUUGCUUAGGAGGCAUCAGAGACUUCAUACUAAGAAACUGUAUUAUGUCAAUGAGUGUGGGAAAGCAGUGGCAACUUCAUACAUCAGGGAAACCCUUUGAAUGUAAGGACUCUGGGAAGGCAUGUAGCACCAGCUACCCCCCUGGGAACCAUUAGAAUUCACAAUGGAGAGUAACCUUUGAAUGCAAUAAAUGUGGGAGAACUUUCCACAGUGCUAAUUCCUGACCACCUGCUGCCAUGCUACUGCCAAUCACUCCACCAACUGCCUUGGUCUACUCCAGCUUCCACCCUAGAGCACUGUGCUCCUGGUUUGUGAGAAUUCACUUAAUCCAGCACCACACUGUUCUCUGGGCAUCUCUUCUCCUCUCUUCCACUUUCCACCUCUAACUCUGAAUAUUCAUCAUUUGCACACCACUGUUCCAGAAAAGGCCAAGUGACUUCCUAGAACACAGCACCCUCCCUGGCUGUUAUUGCCCUAUCUAUGUUGUCUUUAGAGUGUAAACUCCUGGAGGGAAGACUGUCUUGCUUUUUCUGUGAUAGCAAAAAACUAGAAACGAAUGGGUGUCCAUCAGGUCGGGAAUAACUUAGAUUACCUUUCAUUUAUGCCAUAUUUAUCUUGUUUGUACAGUUACAUGUAUGUUGUCUCCUAUAUUAUAAUGUGAGAGCUCCUUAUAGACAGGAAUUGUGUUUUUGCCUUUAUGCUUAGCUCACCUCUAGCAUAGUGCUGUCAUUUUGUUCCUUGAAAACGAAGAACAACAACUAAUUAACUAACUAGCUCAGUGCAUAGCAACUAAUGCUGAGUAAAUGUUGUUGACUGAACUUUUGAUCUAUGGAUGUAAUGGAAUAUUGUGGCAUAAGAAGUGAUGAAUAUGAAGAAUUUGGUGAACAUUGAGAAGCUUGUAUAAACCUAGGAAGACUAAAGGAAGUAGACCUAAGAACAAUAUGAACAAUGACCACCAUCAUGUAAAGGAAAACAACCCUUAAAAGAUAUCAGAACUCAGUUCAGUGCAGUAGGCAACUGAAGUAUUGAUGCAGAAAUGUACCUCUCUCCUCAUUAGAAUGGGGUCAAUGACAGGUGUGAAUCAGUCAAUCAGAAAACAUUUUAAGUUCCUACUGUGUGCCAGGCACUGUCAUGCUGUCGCACAUGAUUAAUGAAUCUCUUUGUUACCAAAGGUUCUACUGGGGGAAAGAUGGUCAUUGGGAAAUGACGGUGACUAAAGACCUUCUCAUGAGAGAUAUCUCACUACCUCCUGAAGCAGCCCGUUCCACUUUUGGAUAGCUCUAACUGGUUGGACAUCAAACCAAAAUUUCACUAGGUACAACUUCUUUCCAUGACCACCUGCGUUUUUUACCCAACUGAGAGUGAUAUUCCUAAGGCACAGGCUUUAGAUCAUUCUACUCCCAGUGGCCCUUUCUUACCACUAGGAUCGAAUAAGAAUUCCUGUUUAUCAUUUAAAGUCCUUUACAGACUGACCUCAACUUACCUUUCCAAGCUUAUUUUAUAUAACGGCCAUUCUAUAUGUUCAGCGCAUCAGCUAAACCAAACUUUUGGCUCUUCUUCAUACACAACAGUCCAUCUGCCAUUUUCACGCUGUUUCCUGCCUGGAAUGGAUUCUGUCCUCGCCUUUUAGGAUCUCUAGUUUCCUUCAAAGCUCAGUUCAAAAGUCACCUCUCAGAUGAAUCUUUACAGAUUCCUACAGCUGCUGUUCCCUUCCCCAGUCCACCCCACUGCUAUCAUGUUAUGUUUCAUAUGCUUACAUGUGUAUGUGUCUCCCCCAGUAGAAUGUAAGCCCUUUGGGACCGAUUCCUUUUUGCCUUUGUAUCUCCGUGUACAAAGAAGACACUUUAUUGCUUUUUGAUGGAGGGCUGGAUUGCUCCUAAGACAAUGCAGAACAGGUUUAAUCCUUCAAGUGCUUGAAGACAACUGUUUUACUCCCUCCCUCUAAAUAUUCUCCAGGCCAGAAAUAACCUUUCCUAUCAACCAAGCCUCAUGGCAUGAGGAGAAGCUUUUGAAUGUGAUGGAGAUAUGAAAACCUUCAGUCAUCUGGAACUCAUUACUAAAUGGAAUUCAUACAAGGCAGAAAGUGUAAUAAUAAAGAUGAGAAAAACUUCAGCUAUAGGGGAAAUUCUUAAUGACCAAAGGACAGAAGUAACAGAAAGGUGCUUUCAAUGUACCAAGUGUGGGAAACUCGGCAAUGUCAUAUUCUAUAUCGGACAAUUCAUGCUGGAGAGAGGUAUUUAAGAAUAUAACGAUCAUGGAAAAUCCUUGCAGAACUAUUUAUUGUUCAUCAGACAUCUGAUGUCAUCCAUGCUGAAGUCUAACUGUGGGAAGCUAAUGAUGUGAAAGGAACUUUAUUUAGACUUGUCACUUGCUAAAUUUUGAUACUGUGACUGUCCAAUAUUUAUUUGAUACAUUAUUGUUUCUGGUGUACAAGCAAAAAAGUCAUCUUAUUUCCAGCUCUUAACUUUUUGUGAGUCUAAGUUUUAUAUAAAUGAUGAUCCCCAUUUA